AUGACUUAUGUCCAAUUGUAUAUACCGCUCGAAAUCUCGAGAGAAGUGGUUUGUUUACUGGGGAAUCUUGGGAACUUGAUGUUUAGAGACCUCAAUCGAGAUCUAACAGCAUUCCAGAGAGCAUAUGUGGAUCAAGUACGGAAAUUCGAUGAUGUUGAGAGGCUUGUAUUACAUAUGAGAGAAGUGGCUGAUAAGCAUGCCGAAGCUACGUGGAAGUACAUCCUGCAUACUGAUGAUGAGGGAAACGAUCUUCAGCGACCAAGCUUGGCCCAAUUAGUCAGUACUAUGCAUACCCAUUCGCACGACUCUAUUCACGAGAUGGUAGAGGAUAUAACAUCUUUUGAAGGUCGUGUUCGACAGAUGGACCAGUCACUGAUCAACCUGCGAGAAAGAUUGAAUGGUCUGCUGGAACAAAGAUGUGUUAUAUUCGAAUGCUCGCGCUUUUUGGAAGGAAAUCCUGGGAUUUUUGGUAGAGUGGCUCGAGAACAAAGAGAAUUGAUGGAUGUCGAUGAGUUUAGUCUUGCAGGUGACGAGGUUAGUGAAAAUUUAAGCGAUACCUUUUCAUUUGACGAUGGAAUUGAAGGAGCUGGUCUCUAUGAACAAGCGCAAAAUAAUUCAAGACGUGAUAGUGGGUCAAGUGGGAACUUCGAUCUCCUAGAACGUGGGUUCCACAAUAGAUUCAUGAUAGCGGGUUCGAUCAAAAGAGAUAAGAUCGAUGUUUUGAAUAGAAUUAUCUGGAGAUUACUUCGUGGUAAUCUAUUUUUUCAGAAUUUCGCCAUUAAUGAACCACUUUUAGAGGAUGGUGAAAGAGUUGAAAAGGAUUGUUUCGUUGUGUUUACCCAUGGUGAUACUUUGCUACAAAAAGUGAGACGAGUAGUGGAUUCAUUAGGUGGUAAGGUUUUUUCUUUAGAUCAGCAAUCACAUGAAUCUUUGCAGAGGCUUAAUGACAAGAUUUCCGAUCUUCAACAAAUUGUUCUCACAACAGAACAAACUCUACAUACAGAGCUGCUAGUCGUCACUGAUCAGCUACCAAUGUGGAACGCCAUGGUUAAAAGGGAAAAAUAUAUCUUUGCAACGUUGAACCUUUUCAAGCAAGAAUCACACGGCCUUGUGGCAGAAGGAUGGAUUCCAAGCUCGGAUCUCACGACAGUUUCCAAUUCUCUGAAGGACUACAGUGAUAGCGUGGGAUCAGAAUAUAGCACAGUGGUAAGUGUCAUUCACACUAACAAGUUACCGCCGACGUACCAUAGAACGAACAAAUUUACUCAGGCAUUUCAGUCCAUUGUCGACGCUUACGGUAUUGCCACAUAUAAGGAGAUUAAUCCCGGACUAGCGACUGUAGUGACCUUCCCCUUCAUGUUCGCUAUUAUGUUCGGUGACUUAGGUCAUGGUUUCAUUUUAUUUCUUGUUGGUCUCGUUUUAUGGCUGAACGAGAACAAGUUUGAAACCAUGACUAGGGGUGAAAUCUUCGACAUGGCGUACACAGGUAGGUACGUUAUUGUUUUGAUGGGGGCAUUCUCUAUGUACACGGGAUUGAUGUACAAUGACAUUUUCUCCAAGUCAAUGACACUGUUCAAAUCUGGAUGGCAAUGGCCUUCAACAUUCAAAAUAGGUGAAACGCUCGAAGCCACUAAAGUGGGAGUAUAUCCUUUUGGUUUAGACUUUGCGUGGCAUUCAACUGAUAAUGGCCUUCUAUUCUCCAAUUCAUACAAGAUGAAGCUAUCGAUCCUAAUGGGUUUCAUUCACAUGACCUAUUCUUUCAUGUUCUCGUACAUCAACUAUAAGAACAGGCACUCUACUGUGGACAUUAUUGGUAACUUUGUGCCAGGGCUAAUAUUCAUGCAAUCUAUUUUUGGUUAUUUGUCUUGGGCAAUCAUCUAUAAAUGGUCAAAGGACUGGAUAAAGGAUGAGAGACCUGCUCCUGCACUACUAAACAUGUUGAUCAACAUGUUUUUAGCUCCAGGGACCGUCGAUGAGCAGCUUUACCGUGGCCAGGCUUUCCUACAGACUGUACUUUUGAUAGCGGCGUUGGUUUGUGUUCCAUGGCUUCUUCUUUACAAACCUUUAACUCUCAGACGUCAGAACAAACACGCAAUUGACAACGGUUAUCAAAGUGUGAGCGACCAACAACAUACUGAAUCUUUGAUCGACUCUCAGCAGGAUGCUGGAGAUGAUAUGGUUGUUACUGAUUUCGGCAACGAAGAGGAACAUAAGCAAUUCAAUUUCGGAGACGUCAUGAUUCACCAGGUUAUUCACACGAUCGAGUUUUGUUUAAACUGCAUUUCUCACACUGCGUCUUACCUCCGUCUAUGGGCAUUAUCCCUUGCUCAUGCCCAGUUAUCCAGCGUUUUAUGGUCAAUGACUAUUCAAAAUGCAUUCUCAUCAGAUGAUUCAGGAUCGCCUUUAGCGGUUACCAAGGUUGUUGUACUGUUUGGAAUGUGGUUUGUUUUGACGGUUUGUAUUCUAGUUGCCAUGGAGGGUACGUCAGCCAUGCUACAUUCUUUACGUCUUCAUUGGGUUGAGGCCAUGUCCAAGUUCUUUGAAGGUGAAGGUUACGCUUAUGAGCCGUUUUCUUUUGAGAAUAUAAUUGAAUGA